CCACGGCAACGCCUCCUCCGAGGCUGCUCUCAACCCCCGGGACAAGGAAUCGGAUGGCAGUGGGUGCUGCCUGGUACACCUAGCGGGUGGGGGGCGGGGGGACGAAGGUCGCCUCCCCUCCCUCCCGCCCACCAAGGGAUCCCACUUGGCCAGUAUAGCCCUGAAAUGCAACUGAGCAGUGCACAGAAAGUUCAGCAGAUUUCUGCAACGUUGUGGGUGAAAUACUCAGCUGAGACUGAAGCGUCUAGAAACUGCUGUCCCAUCAGUAGCAACCACAACAAUGAGAAGUCAUUUAAGGCACAACAGAAGGUGUUAAUGCAAGUUCUGCCAGUGAAUUAAACAUAUAUUUAAAGGCCACAUAGCAAUAUGGCUUGGACUUCAUUGAUCUUUUUGUGAUAUACUUUGUAAGCUACACAGGAGAGCAUGAAAUCUUCAAAAAUGGACUCUAUGAAGCUAAAGCAUGAUAUCAAUCCAUUGCUUCUUUUUUUUAUAAACUUUGUAAUCUUGCUUUACACAGUUAUAACUUUUAUUCCAUGGUAUUUAUUUUCUGGAGCAAGACAUGUCAUAGCCAAGUCAAAGCAAAUUAAAGCUAAACCUGUGAGUUGCAGGCCAGGCAGUGCAUACAGAUCUGUUAACAGUUUGCAUUGCUUAGCAUCUGUAUUAUACCCUGGUUGUGAUACACUCGACAAAGCUUUCAAGUAUGCUAGGAGUAAAUUUAAGGACAGAAAACUCCUGGGAACACGGGAAGUCUUGAAGGAGGAAGAUGAAAUCCAGCCAUCUGGAAAGGUUUUUAAAAAGGUUAUCCUUGGAAAAUAUAUUUGGCUCUCGUACGAUGAUGUUUUCAAUAAAGCGAAAAAAUUUGGAGAUGGAUUAACUGUGUUGGGCAUUCAACCGAAGACGAACAUUGCCAUCUUCUGUGAAACUAGAGCAGAGUGGAUGAUCGCUGCCCAAGCUUGCUUCAUGAACAACUUCAUACUUGUUACACUUUAUGCCACUCUAGGAGGCCCUGCGAUAGUACAUGGGUUAAAUGAAACUGCAGUGACAACCAUUAUUACCAGCAGGGAAUUGAUGCAAACAAAACUGAAGAGUAUUGCUUCUCAGAUUCCUCUGAUGCGCCAUAUUAUUACUGUGGAUGGCACACCAACAACAUGGUCGGAAUUCCCCAAAGGGGUAAUCGUUCACACGAUGGCAUCUGUUCAAGCUAUGGGAGAGAAAACAGAAAACUUUCCAGCCAACAAGCAGAAGCAGAGACCAUUGCCGUCGGACAUUGCAGUAAUAAUGUAUACCAGUGGUUCUACAGGUGUCCCAAAAGGCGUUAUGAUCUCGCAUUGUAAUCUUAUUUCUGGUAUAACUGGGAUGGCUGAAAGGAUUCCUAAUCUUGGAGAGAAAGAUACUUACAUUGGAUACUUGCCACUUGCUCAUGUUUUGGAGUUAAGUGCUGAACUUGUUUGCUUGACUCACGGAUGCCGUAUUGGCUACUCAUCACCUCAAACAUUAAGUGAUCAGUCCUCUAAAAUAAAGAAAGGAAGUAAAGGUGAUGUUUCUGCACUGAAGCCAACUCUAAUGGCAGCUGUGCCGGAAAUCAUGGAUCGAAUCUACAAAAAUGUCAUGAAUCGAGUUAACGAAAUGUCCAAUUUCCAACGUAAUCUGUUUAUAUUGGCUUAUAAUUACAAGAUGGAACAGAUUUCAAAAGGCUACACUACUCCAUUGUGUGACAGACUUAUUUUCCGGAAAGUCCGGAUGCUGCUGGGUGGCAAGAUUCGGGUCUUGUUGUGUGGAGGAGCUCCACUUUCUGCAGCAACUCAGAGAUUCAUGAACAUCUGUUUCUGUUGCCCAGUGGGACAGGGCUAUGGACUAACAGAAUCCUCUGGGGCUGGAACGAUAACAGAAGUUUGGGACUAUGCCACAGGCAGAGUGGGAGCACCCUUGGUUUGCUGUGAAAUCAAGCUCAUGAAUUGGGUAGAAGGUGGAUACUUUAACACAGACAAACCAUAUCCUAGAGGUGAGAUUGUUAUUGGAGGUCAGAACAUAACUAUGGGCUACUACAAAAAUGAAGAACGAACCCGAAGUGAUUUCAUGGUGGAUGAGAAUGGACAGAGGUGGCUCUACACUGGUGACAUUGGGGAAUUCCAGGCAGAUGGUUGUCUAAAAAUUAUUGAUCGGAAAAAAGACCUUGUAAAACUUCAAGCGGGAGAAUAUGUUUCUCUCGGUAAAGUUGAAGCUGCUUUGAAGAAUCUUCCACUGAUAGAUAAUAUUUGUGUAUAUGCGAGCAGUUUCCAGUCUUACAUCAUUGGAUUUGUUGUGCCAAACCAUAAAGAACUUAAAGAGUUAGCACGAAAGAAAGGAUUUAAAGGAACUGUGGAGGAGAUAUGUAACAGUCCUGAAAUGGAAAAAGAAGCACAGAAGAUUAUAGCUGAAGCUGCUCACAUAGCUAAUCUGGAGAAAUUUGAAAUCCCACUCAAAAUUCGUUUGAGCCCUGAACCUUGGACCCCAGAGACGGGCUUGGUGACAGAUGCCUUCAAACUAAAACGGAAAGAGCUUACUGCACACUACCAGGAAGAUAUUAAUCGAAUGUAUGGAACAAAAAUAAAAUAAUGGUUUUUUUUUCUUGCACCACUUUGCUAUGGUGAGCUCAGAUCAAAUAGGAAAUACUUGAAUCACAUGUCUCAUCACUUGGGACCAACAUUAAAAACAUCUUUAUUCACUCUCAGCUUAUGCUGUUUCUUCUGAUAAUAUCAGCAUCUUUAACUGGCAGGAUUAGUAAAAUGUUAAGGCAGAAAAUUGGUGUCUGUCUCCUUUUUCCCUCCCUUAGUUUUUUUCUUCUACCUUGUCAGUGAGUGGAUUUUCCUAAACGUCCUUUUGGGCUAACCUGAUUUUGAAGCCUCAAGUUUUUAAACCUGAUUUAUAAAUCCUGUAUAAUGUUUCCAUUCGUAACUUUUUGAAGUUUGGAUAUAUAGAGGGAGAACUUGGCUAUAUACAAAAUGAUUAGUUUGGGGGCCUUUUUUUACGUAAAUAUUUAAAUAUUAAAGAGGUAUCAAUGUGAAAUUAUGUACAAUGAAAUGACUUAUAGGUGAAAAUCAUUGUUGGCCAGAACACCAGAUUAUUUGUUGCUGUGCAAUUGUUUUGUAUAAAAUUGCAAGAGAAAUAGUCUGAUAUUCUGACUUAUAAAGUAACAGCUGAAGUAUGUGCCUGACAAUUUCCUCCUACAUAUAUAUUUUAUUUUUAUCUGAAAUAAGGAAAAAUGGUCAUGGCAAAGUGCUGUAUAUAAGCAGGCCUUCCUGCAAAACAAGGAUGAAUGAGGCUUGAGUCAUGCAAAGUAUGUUCUAACACAGCAGAUGUGACACCUGUGAAUAAUCUGUUUAACAGACAUAGUUCAAUUUUGAAAAUAUAUUGAGGCCAUUUUAUAAAGAAAUUGACUUGUUAAAACUAGUGACAACUCAGUUUUAAAUGAAUUGCAUUCUGAUUGACAAUGUCCUUUACUAAGAUGGGACUUUUAUGUGUGUUGAUUUUUAUCUGCUUUACAAUUCAGGCUGCUUCUCUCUCUUUUUAUUAUUAUUAUGUGCAUAUAAAUCAGCAGUUACAGUCCAGUUCAGGUCUAGCUGAAGCCCAAAUGUUUUAAGAACACAGUCGAUUGUGACGUUCUCCUGCACAAGCCUAGCCAAAAUGGAUUUGAAUUGCGUGUGUGUAGGGGGUUUGCACAAGAUAAAUUCAUGGUGGAUUGUGCCGUUGGAGAACAUUUUCAAAUGUACUGAUGGUGAUUUGUUUACUAUUGUCUGUCUCAAUGUCAUGGGUGCUGAUGGAAAUGUCGUCUUUAAUUAUCCCAUUGUUGGUACCUUACUCCUGAACGCAAGUUACUUGGGCAUCUCAUUUGCUGUUUCGAAAGAAAACAUUCUUCCAGAUUAACUGUAUUUGAGAUAAUAACUUUGAGUCACAUUUUUUUUGGGUCAUUGUUGUGCCCAAAAUCUUCAAUUUGAAAAUGUGUUCCUUUGUGUGCUUCAUUAUAAAUACUACCAUUGGGCUCCAGUCCACAUGCUCUGGCACAGAUACCUGUAGAAGCAGAACAUGAUGAACUGCAGAAUUGGGGAAAGCAGUGUACAGGCAAUGGCAUGGGCAUGCUGUGCUUUUCCUGACAUUGAAGUGGUGGCACAGCCCUUGCUGAUUCAGUUCUGUGUGGGCAUCUGAGGGUUAACUGGAGUUCCAGAUUGUUAUGAUGUGUUGAGAAAGUUUUAAGUGCCACAUAAGGUCUCAGUCUGGAAAACCUUUCAAUAUUUGGUUAAUCUACUUACCCCCCCCCCCGCAACAUUACAAGUAUAAUUGCUAUGGUCAACUUGAGAAUAUAGAAGAUGUAGAGUAAUUGAUAUCCAAUUGUGACAUCCCACAAAUGAGAUUUCUUCUUCCUCUACUCUUCCCUACAGCCCCCUUGUGCCCCCCUCCCAAUUCUACUUGGUUGGGUGAUCCUCUGGAGCAGGUUGGGGGCUGGGAAUGUGGGGGGGGGGAGGCACAUCUGGUGCAACGGUUGAUCUCUCCCAUACACGAGUAAGUCUGAAGUGUGGAAGAGGCUUUAAUUUGAAAAGGUUUACUUUCUUUUCUAUCAAAUUACGAAAACAGUGGCCUUGGACCUAUAUCUUGGUUAGUAGGGCAUUGGAUAUUCAGAUUUUGGACACUAUCUGGCCAGCAUUAAGCACUUUAAAACCCAUUGAUGGAGAAUGAAAGCUUGCUUCUCUCCCAGUGAAAACAAUGGAGCUUACAAAUGCUUAAUUUUGGUUGAAUCAUGCCCAUCCUUUACUUGAAAAAAAUCUGUGGCCACAGAUUCUUAAAAAGCUUUAAUUGGGGAGGCAAAUUAACUAUUGCAUCUUAAUUAGAAAAAAAUUACAGAAUGUGUAUAGAGUGAUAUGUUCUCCUAAUAUAUGGAGUUGUAUUGCAAAGUGUCAGGUAGGUUUCUAUAAUUAAAAUGAGUUGGCUCACUAAUUGAAGAUACUACUGUAUUCCUUGGGAACUCAAUUAAUGCAUUAGGACUUUGCAUUUGGUUUAUUCUUUUUAUGUUAUGAAACGAAAUAGGCUGGUGGAAUUAUCUAAAUCUGCCUUCCCCAACCUGCUGUUCACCUGAUUUUCUGGACUACAACUCCCAUCACCCCCCAGCCAGUAGGGCCAGCAUGGUCCAACAGUGCCUGGAAGGCACAAGGUUGGGGCAGCCUGAUCUAAGCUAAGAUACAAGAUCCCACAGCUGCAAAUGAGUAAUUGAAGUUCAUUUUUUUAAUUUUCAAAAUCACUUUGGAUAUCAUUUUAAAAAUUACGGUUGCCUUGGCCAUGAAAACUCAUUUGGAGAAAAAUAAGGUAGAUGGGUGUUAAAAAUAUUUCUUUCAUCUUGAAUUGCUCAAUUUCACAUUUAUCUAGUUCCUCUAUUGUGCUUAAAAAUGUUACAUACCUUCUUUAAUAACAAUUUGUGGGAAUAGCAUUUGUGACACAAUCCAGAACUAAAUCCAUUGUUCUAUUGAAAUCAAUAGACUGAUCAGUCCAUUGAGCCCAGUGGGUCUGCUCUGAGAAUGACAAAUGUUAGAUACUGCCCUCUGUUUUUUAAAAGCAUUAGAUGACACAUUUCUGAUUGUAUGGGUUCAACCUUGUCAUUAAAACUGAUGGAUUUUUAAAAUCAUUGCUAACAUAUCUCUGAGAAUUCUCACAAAUUAGUUUUCUGAGCAUCACUGUGCUCUCUUUAUUGGAGAAAUGUUGUAUAUGACAGCUAUUGUUUGCAGUGAAGAUACCAAAUGGCCUAACAUGUGGCUCCAUGUAGGGAGAAUAGCUUAUUAUUUCCAUUGAAUGGUUUUCAUGCUGGAGGGUUCUUUAUGCUUUUUUAGAUUCAGGUACUAAAGCAAAGAACCAAAGUGAAAAGACUAUGGGCCAUAAAUAGUCUUUGAUCACCAAAAUUAAAGGAGUGGGGUUUUUUGGGUUUGUUUUUUGGCAGUCUCUUUUUUAUUUUCCUUGUUUGUGCUGCAGUAUCUUCUAGGCUGUUGAACUGUGAGCAUUCUUUCAUCCCUCUGGCUGCAUGCCAUCGUGGCUGCUCUGCAGCAGGACCAGAAGUAGAAGUGAGCAGAGGCAGUAGGCCUUCCUUAGCAACCAGACCUGGAAACGCAGUUGUGUAGCUUCAGAAACUUAAGAGCCUUGCCAUUUUUAAAAAAGCCAUUGCUAGACAUUGCAUGGCAAAUGUGUGUAAACAUCUUUUUGGAAAAGAAGAGCUGCAGAGGAGAAGUCCUCCUUGAGCUUUGGCCUUCAAGCAGUUUUCUGCUUCCCUCUAUCACUACUUUUCUACCCACACAGCAAAAAGAUAUUUUGAAAAGCAGUUGAGAGAAGCAGUCCUGAAUUAAAGAAAUGGGCUGGAGUGAGACAGGGUUCAGCAAUUCCUCCCUCUGCUUAAGAGUACAGCUCCCAUAGCUGCUUCCCCACAUUUUCCAAAAUAGUAGGGAGAUGGUUAUGUAGCUAUAUGCUACUUUAGCUUUGACCCACAGGGACCAUUUGGGACCAUUCGCUUCCUGUCCCAGUGAAAAGAUGUAGUUUUGAAAGAUGGAUUUCAGCAUUAAAUGUGAUUAAGAUAUUCCUGCUGCCAAGGGGGGAUCUGCCUUCCCAUAGGAUUCCACAUUGCUGUGGGAUCUAGUGAGUAAUGUGACCACCUGCAUGUGAGUGAUCCUGUGGAUCUUGCCAGCUUAAAACCACAAAGGUUCAAGCCACAAGAAUGUGAUUUCCACAGGACUGCAGAUGUGGGAAGAGGUCCAUAGUUAUUCAAGAUAGGAACUAUGGGGAAACAGAAUGAACUGUAAAAGUGCCACAUUUUUAAAAAAAAGUUCAGGGUUUAAAAAAUCAAUACAUUUUGCCCCAGAUACUGCAUGUAUCCUUGAACAAGGAGAAGCAAAGCUUCAUGUGGAAAUGAAUGUAAAAGAAAUUGCCCAAGCACUUCUUCCUGUCAUUCAUUUCACCAGGUCUUGUGAUGGAGCCCCAUGCAAACUCUGUAGAAAAGAAUAAAGCAGCAGUGAUUGUACCCUUUUGUGUCAGGAAACACUUUUUAUGUGGUUUUACUGAUGCUGCUGCUAUUGCAGUUUACAAUUAAUACAUCUAUUUACCUCAAGGGGAAGCUGUCUUUUUAGCAGUAAAAUAAUUCGCUGAAGUUAAAGCUAAAAGCAGUGUGCAAUUAAAACUCAAAAUGAAGCCUACAAGUGUUCUCUGGGCUUUUGCUUUUUAGCAAAGAUGAAAAAAAUGUAUAGAGUUGAAAUAAAAAACUUCCUUGAGCCUAUAAUGCUUGAGAAUUUAUGCAGCAAAUUCAGCAGAAUAGAAACCCUUAGAAAAUAACUGUUGGCUGCAAAAAUUUCACAAGCUGGGUUUUCUUUCUUCCUGCUUUAAGACUUCCACUUCACCCAUUUGACUAAUUUUUGAAAUUUUUAAAGUAAAUGUAAUGUGUGUGUUCUUCUGGGCUUGUAUGAAAAUUGUUUGCAUUUGUUGUCUUCUAAAGUGGCAAAAAGAGAGAACUGUUUUAAAAGGCUGUACACAUAUUAGACCAAGCUGAAAACAUAACUGGAUGACCAGUUCAUUGUACUAAUUGAUUAUUUAAUGUAAAUUCAUUCAUCUUGGUUGUUAUUCUGAACUGCCUGAAAAUGUGUCUAUCAUAACUUGAGUUAUAUUGUAUGAAUUAUUUAUUUGUAAUUGGACAUUUACACUUCAAAAAUAAAAUUAAAAUUGAGUUUCACAAGUUAA